AUGCGGUUCGUGCGGCAGUCGCAGACGAUUAAAGUUAUGAAUUUUGACAACAAGAUACAGCUAAUACCUGAGAAAAUACGUAGGCAUGGAAACAUGCUACCGACUUCUAUACGCGGUAUUAUAUGCGGUCCGUCAAACUGCGGCAAGACAAACGUAUUGAUAAGCUUGCUGGAAAGUCCGCACGGCGUACGCUUUGAGAAUGUGUACAUAUACUCGAAAUCAUUGCAACAACCGAAAUAUCAAUACUUGGAGAGUAUACUGUCACCGAUAGAAGAAAUUGGUUAUUUUACAUUUUCCAAUAACAGCGACGUCGUUCCACCGAACGAGGCGCUUCCAAAUUCCAUUUUUGUCUUUGAUGACGUGGCAUGCGACAAGCAAGACGUCAUAAGAGAAUACUUUGCAAUGGGCCGCCACGCGCACGUUGACUGCUUCUAUCUCUGUCAGACGUAUGCAAAGAUACCAAAGCAUCUUAUACGUGACAACUCAAAUCUGUUGAUCUUGUUUAAACAGGAUGGAACCAAUCUGAAACAUGUAUACAACGAUCACACGAAUGAAUACCUUACUGAUGGUAAACAUCCUGAAUCGCGUGCAGAAUCGCCAUAUUAUAAUGCGCAACCACAGAAACCAGCAUGCAUACCAAUAUCAUUUGUAGAAGAGAUGGAAGCUUUCGAAAAUAUCGACCAAAACAAUUAUUUCGACGUUGUGAGCUAUUUUCACUUCAUUGGUGGCUUUAAUCUGAAGGAAGCCGUUAAUUUGUGCUUGAAAGAAGGUCUCAAGGAUUCAAUAACACCAUCUUUCACUUGGUGGGGACGCAAAGGAGGACCAAGACCCUUAUAUGACACUCGUUAUGGCAAUUUAUGAAGGUGUGAGCAGCAAUUCCCAUUUCGAAAAACCCACUCGAGCGGAAUUCCAAGUCAAAAUGCGAGAAGCUCUUCGAAUAACGAAAGAGAGAUUCAGACAGAGGACACGUGGACCACGUAUGCAGGGAGACAAUGUAAGAAAUCGCCGAGAUUUUUGGAAUGACGAUCAACCGGAGGGACAACCGGAGGACAUCGCAGAAUCCGCUGAUAAUUAAGCUAUUUAAUAACUUUUUUUUUCUUCUUUUCUUAUUUUAUAAUAAUAGUGUAUUAUAAAAAAAGUAUGUACACAGAGUUAUCAUACAAAAUAUUCACGUCCGAUACUUACAAUGGCAUAUUAUAACCUGUAUUAAAAAUUUAAUUAUAAAACAAAUUUUGAUGUUUAAUGUAGGUUUGUUUAAUAAAAGAAUAUAAUUUCAUUUAAGCUAUAACGUUAGAGUUAAAAUUUUUCGUCUGUUUAAUCGAACUCCACGAAACAGGCACUUGCUAAUAAACGUAAAACUGA